AUGCUCCCGAAAAACCAGACCACAAUCCACGAGUUCAUCCUCCAGGGCUUUCCAGGCUCUCCAGAACUGCAGAAGUAUCUCUUUGUGCCCGUCCUGUUUAUGUAUGUCCUCACCAUCCUUGGCAACGUCCUGAUAGUUUUCAUCAUCAUCUAUGAUCACCGUCUCCACAAUCCCAUGUACUUCUUCCUGGGGAACUUCUCCUUCUUGGAGAUCUUUUAUGUCACCACCUUAUCGCCCAAGAUGCUGGCUAACUUUCUGGCAGAGAAGAGGGCCAUCUGUUUCUCCUGUUGCAUCACACAAGCCUUUUCCCACUUCUUACUGGGGGCGACAGAAUUCUUCCUGCUGGCGGCAAUGUCCUUUGAUCGCUACAUGGCCAUCUGCAACCCCUUGCAUUACAGCAUCAUCAUGAACCAUCAGCUUUGCCUCCAGAUGGCCUUGGGAUCAUGGCUGGGUGGAUUCUUUACAGUCAUUGUGCAGACCGUCUUGCUCUGCCAACUCCCCUUCUGCGGUCCCAACCUGAUCAACCAUUUCUAUUGUGAUGUGACGCCAUUGCUGAGCCUUGCCUGUGCCGACACACGCCUGCUCGAACUGAUUAUCUUGGUGGGGUCUGCUUUACUCUUGUUCAGUUCUUUCUUAUUCACCGCUAUCUCAUACAUCUUCAUCAUCUCUACCAUCUUGCGCAUCCCUUCCUCUUCGGGAAGACAGAAGGCGUUCUCGACCUGUGCCGCCCACCUUACUGUUGUGUCCAUCCAAUAUGGGACGGUCAUGUUCAUGUAUGUGAAACCCAAAGCAAACUCCUCCUUGGAGGUAAACAAGGUGGUUUCCGUGCUGAACACAGUUAUCACUCCUCUCCUUAACCCCUUCAUCUACACCCUGAGGAACAAAGAUGUCAAAGAAGCUAUGAGGAAAGCCACAGAUAUUAAAAAAUAUAUUUUCCAGAGGGGAUCUUAUCUGAAGUGA